AUGGUCGAGGACACAGUUGAAUUACAGAGUAAGGAAUCUGAUAGUUGGUAUGUCGAUUCUGCAGCUACAAAGCAUAUGACAUUUCAUCGAGAGUGGUUUUCUACGCUGCGAAAGUACACGACCGGUAGCAAAGUUAAAGUCGCUAAUAACAGUUACUUACAAAUCGAAGCAAUAGGAACAAUUCUGAUUGAUGUGAAAGUAGACAAUCAGUGGAAGCCAGUUCGCUUAGAAAAUGUAUUGUAUGUUCCUGAGCUCAGCGAAAAUUUGCUAUCAACAAGCAUGAUAACAGAUAGAGGUAUCACAGUGAUAAUCGACAAAGAAGGUUGCAAAUUUGUCGACCAAUCAAACGAAGUUGUUGCAGUAGGAAAACGCAACGCACUAAAUCAGCUUAAAAUUAAUUUUCGAUUACAUAUUGACGAAUAUGCCAACCUAGCUGCUGUUUCACUGGAACAUUGGCAUCGUCGUUUGGGACAUGUGCAUGUCGACGCGAUUAAGCAAAUGUGCAAGGAAUAUAAAUCCUAG